AUGAACGGCGUUCUGAUCCCGCACACGCCCAUCGCCGUGGACUUCUGGAGCCUGCGGCGGGCCGGCCCCGCGCGGCUCUUCUUCCUGUCGCACAUGCACUCGGACCACACCGUGGGGCUGUCCAGCACGUGGGCGCGGCCCCUCUACUGCUCCCCGGUCUCCGCCUUCCUCCUGCACCGUCACCUCCAGGUGUCUAAGCGGUGGAUCCGGGCCCUGGAGGUGGGGGAGAGCCACGUCCUGCCUCUGGAUGAGAUGGGGAGAGAGACCAUGACUGUCACCCUGAUGGAUGCCAACCACUGCCCCGGCUCCGUCAUGUUCCUCUUCGAAGGAUACUUUGGGACCAUCCUCUACACAGGUGACUUCCGGUACACGCCGUCCAUGCUGCGGGAGCCAGCCCUGAGCGUGGGCAAGCAGAUCCACACCUUGUACCUAGACAACACCAACUGCAACCCAGCGCUGGAUCUCCCUUCCCGCCAGGAGGCCGCCCAGCAGAUCGUGGAGCUCAUCCGGAAGCACCCACAGCAUGACGUCAAGAUUGGCCUCUACAGCCUGGGGAAGGAGGCCCUGCUGGAGCGGCUGGCCCUGGAGUUCCAGACCUGGGUGGUGCUGAGUCCUCGGCGCCUGGAGCUGGUGCAGCUGCUGGGCCUGGCGGACGUGUUCACGGCGGAGGAGAAGGCCGGCCGCAUCCAGGCCGUGAGCCACACGGACAUCUGCCCCUCGGCCAUGCUGCGCUGGAACCGGGCCCGCCCCACCAUCGCCAUCCUCCCCACAAGCCGCCAGGUCCACAGCGCCCACCCCGACAUCCACGUCGUCCCGUACUCCGACCACUCCUCCUACUCGGAGCUCCGUGCCUUCGUGAGGGCGCUGCGGCCCUGCCAGGUGCUGCCCAUCGUCCGCCGCCAGCCCUGCAGGGCCUACUUCCAGGACAGCCUGGGCCCCGGGCCCCCCGCGCCCUCGGUCCCAGACUCUGUGCGGCAAUGCAUGAGCGCCUCCUGCAGCCAGCCCAGCGCGCUGCGCCUGCUGGAGAGGAAGCUGCGGAGGCCCAGGACCCAGGGCGUCGUGUUCGAGUCUCCCGAGGACAAGGCGGAUCGGUGGCACGCUGGCAGGGACUCCAAGAAGGCCAAGAGCCAGAACCUUCCAGGGAACCCUGAGAGGCAGCCGUCCCUCCAUCCUGUGCGGACCAGGAAGCAGCUGUUCCCCGAGCCCUGCAGCCAGGAGCGGGAGGGGGCGGUCCCUCCCUCCGGGUCCCAGGAGAUGGGGGCCGAGCUGGCUGCCCCCGUGGGUCUCUCAGUUCAUGUGAGAUCUCCAGGGGAGGAGCCUGGUGCCGGGCCCCGCUGGGUCCCCAGGGGAGGCAGUGACGGCUCAGCAGCCUCAGGGAACCUGCCCGGGUGCAGGGGCCGGGACUCACCCCGGUCCCCCAGCAGCGAGGCUGCCCCGCUCCCGGCCCCGGAGCUCAGCGGCCUGGCCCUGAAAUACCUCCUCACUCCGCUGAACUUCUUCCAAGCGAGGUUCUCUGCCCGGGGCUUCGACCAGCAGGUGGAAAAAUACCAUAAAUCCCUGCUGA